AUGUUUCAAGCAAGACGCAUUGCUUCUCAAUUCAUUGCUCAGGAACAACGAGAAGGUGUUGGAGCGACCGUACGACGGUCAUUGGGUUCCCAACAGCUCCGCAAUCUUGACCCGUUUCUCAUGCUGGAUGAAUUUAAUGUCGGACUGCCCGGCGGGUUUCCUGACCAUCCACACAGAGGAUUUGAGACUGUAACGUACAUGCUGCCAACCUCCGAAGGCCAUAUGCGCCACGAGGACUUUUUAGGUAAUAAAGGUGAGCUUCGACCGGGAGAUUUGCAGUGGAUGACUCCAGGAAAGGGAAUUUUGCAUGCUGAGAUGCCCGGGAAUGAGGAAAAGGCUCAUGGUUUGCAGCUAUGGAUUAAUUUGCCAAAAGCUAAGAAGAUUAUGGAGCCACGAUACCAAGAAAUCAGUCGGGAAUCAGUACCCCACGUGUGGGACGAUUCUAAGAAGGUGGAGGCCAUUGUGUUUGCUGGAGAGGUGUUUGGGCAGAAAGGACCGAUUGAGACUGAAGCGCCCGUAACGUACAUUCAUUUCCUCAUGAAGCAAGGAGCGGAGCUUAAGUACAAGAUACCGGAUGGUCAUAAUGCGUUCAUGUAUACACUCAAAGGUACUGGCAAGUGUGCUGGUACUAUAAUUGAGUCGCACCAUGCUAUCGUUUUGGAAAAAGAAGGAAAUGGCGUGCAUGUGACGACAGAUGAUAAAGAAUGUCUAGAGUUUGUUGUCAUCAGUGGUCAACCCUUGAAUGAGAAAGUGGUGCAGUACGGUCCCUUUGUCAUGAGUUCGGAGGCUGAGAUCCAGCAGACCAUUCAUGACUACCAAAGCGGGUCGAAUGGUUUUGAGAAUGCGCCACAGUGGACGUCAAAGAUCGGCAAUCGCCGCUAA